GCUCCUGUGAAAGCGCGAUGUUCAAAUUUGUUUCCGGUUUUACUUUUAGCCUUUGUCGCUAAGCCAGAGACAUGGAGCGACCUCAAAACAGUGUGGUGAGGACUCCCAUCGAAAGCAUUGUGGCUCAGAGGAGGAGCAAAAAUAAAAGCUACAGACAGUCAUACCGCAGCUGCCUAGGCGCUGCUUCAAGGCUCGGCCACGCCCCAGGAUGGACAGCGCGGAGGCUCAACACCAGCAGAAGAACAAAGUCACACAAUAUCACUGAGAAGGUGAAUCCAGAGGAUCUGGCCUUACUGGUGAAGACAGAGUGGCAGCUAUCGUACGUUACACCGCUCUACCAGUUCAGACACACCCAGCUCAGGAGCUACUCGAGGCAGCUUUCGGCAUUUAUUACUGCAGAGAAGCAGCAGGGUUUGGCAGUGGAGGUUGAGGGAGCGCAGACCAGCUUCAGAGUUUCCUUCUCUGUGGUGCAGGGGCUGGGAGAGACGAACGAUGAUGCUGAGACGGUCCUCGUACAGAUCCAUUCAAAGCCAGUGUUUGCAGGGAAGGAUGAGGCGCAGAAGUUGGUGUGGAGCGGCUGGCUGACCUGCAUCAAUGGCAAUCCUGAAUAUCUUCACUCGCUUCCGAAGGACUUCACCUGUCUGCCGCUCUUUGGCAGCCGUGGGGCUGAGAAUCUCACCUCGUUGGUCAAAUCCUGGUUUCAGCAGACCUUUGACUGCUGCUUUGGCCCUCUGGAAAUCAACCAGACCUUCCUGCAGUGGCUAACGGCAUUAUGGACUAACUGCCACAUAGAGUCCAGCAUCCAGCAUCUCAAAAUGAUUUGGACUCUUCCGGUUGAGCCACCGUUGCAGAUCACCUACACAGUUAACCCUCAAGAUGUGUGGGAGCUGUGGAACAGUGUGAGGACCCCUUCACUGGAGAGCAGGGAGGAGGAGGAGACGGCGAGAAGCAUUGACAUCGAGGAGGUGACGAGGUUCAUGCAGGGCCUAAUGAGCCACUUCUACAGGCAUUUCAGAUUGGACCUGUCAGCAGGACGCCUGAGUCAGGUCUCAUCUGCACUGGGAUCAGCCAAGUUCAGCGGCAGGGUCAAGAUGUCCAACAGCAGAUAUGUCCUCACAACCCUAUCACUGCUGACAGAGUGUGCCCUUCUCAAAAUGCCCAUCUGAGCACAAAAUAAUGACUUUGCAGCAAGAGGAAAUGCAAAUUCUGCAAUAUCAGUUUGCAAAACCUGUUAUGGAAUAACAAAUAUGGCUUUUAUUCUUUUCUUUUUUUUUUUUCUUUUAUGAGCAAAAACAAACAGUGUAGCCUCUUUACAUGAAUUCACCACAGGCUAGUGGCUUCUGGCUUUUUUAUAUUAAUUUUUUUCCCCCUUUUCAUACUACAGAUCUGGGACGUUACAGGAGCUCAGCACAGGGAGGAUUGUGCUUGUAAUUAUGAAAAAUUGAGGAUAAAAUCUGAAUGUUUCUUGUCCGCUCACUCAGCUCUUCUUGUAAAUACAUUGUAUGUUUAUUCAUGUUCAUUCACCUCUUUGUAUAUUUUUGUCAUUUAUAGUUAUAAAUAAAAACCAAACAAGUGAUAUUAAAAAAAAAAAAAGGAAGCAAAUUGUCACAACGGAACUAAGCAGAUGUUAGAUUUCUGUGUGACUGAGAGCUUUGGCUUUUAUUGUUAGUAAAGUAACUUUAGGUCAGGGGCUUUGAUGUAGCCCCUGACCUAAAGGAGUCAACGCCAUUGUCCUGCCCUUUAAUCCAACUUAAAUCUGCUUGGCUGCUCUUUAUAACAGAAAGUUUAAACACCAGGUGGGUGGGGCUUCAGUGCUCACCCGUGAUCGUUUUUUAGGAGUUUAAAGUGAAACAAAUGUAUGAAACUAAAUGUAGGAGCAAACAGAGACCUCAUUAUUUUAAAAUGACCAUAUUUUAUCUAAGGACAUCAUUAUUAUCCAUCUCUGCAGUGCACAUAUUACACAUGCAGGUAAAUUAGAUAUGGCAGAAUCUGGCUCCUUUAGAAGGUUAAUGAAUUUCUUAUCAAUUAUCUUAUUUAGUUUAACACCAUCAACAAUUGCAGUGGGGUGGAGGUGUAUUGCGAAGUAGGAUUUUAUGUAAGUUCUCAUGUUUGAACAACUACAAGUGGCACAUGGUGAGCAGGACCUUAAUAACACCACUGAAUAACGCUACAGUCUGCAUGCUUGGUCUUAACUAGCUGCCAUGUCUGAUUUACUCUGCUAAUGUUGCUUUAUAAAAUAAUAAAGAUUUAUCUAUAUGUUGGCUGUUAAUCACCAAGAAUAUUCAAUCUCUAAAUUAUUUCGCUUUGAUAUGCCUCUGUACUCUCAGUGGUUCUGUGAAUGAAAAAGUGCUAAAAUAAAUAUAUUAAUGGUAAAUUCAUAAGAUUGUUGCAGCAUUCAUUACCAGUUCUGAUCAUCUCUCUUACUGAAGUAGGAAGGUAACAAUUUGAUGCAAGGCUACAGCAGAGAGCCCGGGUGAUAGUGAAAACCACCAACUUG